CAUAGUUGAAUCGUGUUCGCGUGUUGCGGAUUUCAGUAUUGUUAUAUAUUAUUAUUUAGACAAUUGUGCAAGACUUCCAAGUGCUGAUAAACAUUUAAGAAGUACCGAACGAGGUUUGAAGCUAAAAUAUUUAGCGAGAUUGUGUCUUUUCGACCAUCUCGUCGAUAGAAGACGAGAAACGAGGAGAAAACUGAUAGUGAACGAAAAAAAAGGUGGAAACAAGAGAGAAAACGUGCGCGUCUUCUUGCCGCCUUUCCAUAACCAAAGUCGGAAGUUAUACCUCGAUUUUUUCACUGAUUUUUGUACCUUUAUUUUAAUAGAAUAAUAACUAAAAUCGCGAGUGACGCGUCGGUUCAAAAGUGACAAAGUGUGAGCCGUUGUAUAAGUGAGUGUUUCGCGAGAAUUACAGCUCUAUGUGGACUAAGGUGAGCCCCGGGCGGCAAGUUUUGAAGAUAGAGGACAGCUCGAAAGGAGGCAAACGCCUGCGAUGAGCAUGCCGGGGAAGGGAAAUAAACACCAUCAUUUGCAGCAGCACCAUCACCAGCAGCAUCAUCAACAGCAGCAACAGACCCAUCAGCAGCAGCAGCAGUCCCACCAGCAGCAAGUGCAUCAGCAGCAGGUCCAUCAGCAGCAAGUUCACCAGCAACAAGUCCACCAGCAGCAACAAAUUCACCAAGGACAGCACAUCGUUAACGUCAACGUCAGCCAGCCCGGCGUGGCUCACUCGCCGCAAGCCUACAAUUCUGUUGCUGCAAAUCAGCAACGUUUCGUCCCGCAUGCUGGAUCGGAGUUUCAUGUUCCUGGACAGAAUUACGGUGCCCAGCCAGGUGGGCAGGUGGGCGGAGGAGGGGGCAACGUAGGAGUCCCAGGAGGAAGAGGUCCUCCUCCACUGGGAGGCAUACAGUCCCUAGGACAGUCGACAACGGGUUUACCACCAGGAGGUCCAGCAGCUGGUCAGCAGGCACCUCCUCAGCCACCUACACCCGGUGUUCAGUCACAACAACCACAGGGUCCGGCACCCACAACUACUCCCCCUGUACAUACUCCUUCACCUCAAGAAAUGGGGAAACAGGGCCAUCUGCAAACGCAACCCAUCCCGGUCUUCGUUCCAAAUCCACAAAGAUCAGCCAAUCAAGGUUACUACGCAAGCGCUCCGAGGCCGCAGCAACCUAGAGGGAUGAAUCACAGAGGUGGUCAGAGUGGGGGUAAUGCCCAGGUAUUAAAUAUGACCGGGGUGGCUGGAAACGGUACACAGCAACUUCAGUACGCCCAUCCCAAUAUGUCGGCGAUGUAUGUUCAAAGCCAAGUCUCUGGACUGCAACAUCAGCAACCCGUGAAUUUUCAAAUUCCCACGAUGCAGGUAUUUCGAGCACCUCAUCAAGCUCACCACAAUCAAGGGCAAAAUGCUUUUUAUCAGACUUACCAUCAUCCAGCCACAACAAUUAUUGCGCCAAACAUUUAUGCGUUUCAACCGCCACAUCAAACUCCAUAUUAUCAAGUAAAUCCGGCAUAUUUAAGGAAUGCUACUGCGAACGCUGUGAAUAGCAAUACACAACAUAUGCAGGGGCAAUUGGCUAAUGCUCAGGGAAAUUCGGUAGUACCUCAGGGUUCACUUCAGCAACCUGCCCAACCUCCUCAGCCAAUUCCAGCGAUGUCCAUGCCUAUUGCUCAGACGGAAGUAUAUUCGGGGCAUAAUGGUGGUGCACCUAGUUCGGCUAGCAGUGUCGCUAGCAAAAAAACGAGGAGAUUGUACGCCAUCCCAAUCAUAGAUCCAAAAACUGGUGCCAGUAUCAGUAACGAGCUCUACGAGAGUGAUGGCUCUCUUAGUGGCGAAGGUGCCCCCCACGUGCAGAAUUGCGAUAAAGCUGUGAUAGCUGACUUUGCGGCGAUGGUCGCAAAAGCUGCGACCGAGCCGAGUUCCGAUUCCCCGGUGGCAACUAGCGCACCCGAGUCUCCCACUUCCCAAAACACAUCCCAAAGCUUACCACCCCCCAACCUCAAAGUUCAAACGAACUCAAAUGCCGAUACAACAAAUAAUAGUCAGUCCAAUACCGGUCCUCCCACUCCAACACCACCACUACCACCACAACAACAAAGUAGCUUGCCCGGCGCUUUUUCGCCAAACAGUCAAUCGUCGUUACCUACUUUACCUAGUAAUCCGACUCAAUUAGAAUCGUGUCCGGUUAAAGUGGUGGAAUCGAAACCACUUCAACCCUCUAUCAAAGAAUUCCAGCCGAGAGGAACAGAGAAGCCAGUUGUUGUCACCGAGGAACUCCCAUCGCAAACGAGUUCCGCGGCUACACUCGCGAAUAAAGAUAAAAUUCCUACGCAGACACCAUUACCACCACCACCAGCAGCAGCAGCAGCAGCAGUGGCAGCACCGCCAGCAGCAGUAUCAGCAGCAGCAGCAGCUCGUGUUGUUGUUCCUGCUCCCGAGGUCGAGGCGAAGAGCACAAUUUUGCCUCCUCAGGUCACGUCCCAAACUCAAAUUCCAUCAGCCAGUCCAAGCUCAAAUAUUCCUGAUCUCCCGCUCCCGUCCGCCACUGUCGUGGGUGCUAAUCCCGUUCCUGCCAAGGAGCCAUUCCCCAACUUAUUUAACAAAAACAAGUCCAGUUCGCCACCACGUCGGAAAUCACAACAAAAUCCGCCUUCGAAUGCCAUCACCAUUCCGGAGAUGCCACCUUUGCACAAGGAGCCGAAGGAGCAGAGGGAGAGGAAGGUUAAUGAGAAAAGCGUCAGUUCGAGAGGUGCCACUCCGACACCUGUUCACAGUCAGCCAGAGCACAUCCAUCAAAAGACGAAUGGAGAGACUGGCGACAAGCCGGAAACUGAAACACUGUCUAAGAAUGAAGCGGCGCCACAGAAGACAUCUGAUGGUGGUAAAUCUGCCAUGCAGAAACAGAAAAACAAGAGUAAACUCAAAGGCCGCGAUAUCAAUCGCAGAGGAGCUGAGAAGGAAGGUACGGAUAUGGAUGCCUUCGUGAAUGCAAUACCACCCACGAAGGUUGAAUCUAAGCCGGAAAUUAAGGAGACAGCAGCACCUCAGAGAGAUAGUAACAAGGAAUCUGCUCCAAAAGAAAUCACGAAAGAUAUUAAGGAGAAGGACAAUCAUGAGUCGAAAAAGGAGAAACAGGCAUCUGUCCAACCCCAGGAGAAACAGACGACUCCAGAGGUUGCGAAAGAAACUAGUACCCCAAUUAUAGAAAAUCCACCGGCAAGUUUCAACCACAAGGAGAGCAAACCUACGACGAUAGAGGAAAGCUCAAAGCCCCCGGUUGUUGUCAGCAGCAAUAUGGCUCCAGUGCCGAACGAUGUCGUUGAUCAUUCGGUGUCGAUAAAGAGUGAUAUUGAACUGACGUCGAUUGUAGCCCAAAAGAAUGAGGAGAACUCGAAGGUUUCGGCUCUGCGUGCUUCCAGCGAGGAGAAGGUGCCCGUCAUUGAGAAACAGGAUGAGAAUGCAGCACCAAAUCAGCUGGAACCUUCGGCACCGAAAGGACCAGUGCUUAAAUACAUUUAUCAAGAUGAUCAAUGGAGUCCUCUUAAUAUGGACGGAAAGCGCGUCUAUGGCAGAGAAUUUUUAAUGAAACUGCAAGAGGACCCCAACAGUAAAAUCAAACCAUUGAACCUUCCAGACUUGGAUGUUGUACUGAAGGAUAGUACAAAGGUUCGACAAUAUACGAGUAGGAAUCGCAGUCCAGAACUUAGGCCGUUCAAAGACCAGAAUAUGGGCAGGCAUGAUAACUUGUUCCCUGGUUUCGCUAACGCGAACAAGAACUCGAUGAACUCGAGAAUGGGAAUGUUGCCGAUGAAUAAGAAGAGCAACUCUGGCAGCAAGCCUAAUAGGAUAAAUAAUAGUAAUAAACCAAAUGUGAUUUCACUCUCACUAGGGGGAGAGGUAAAACUCCGAGAAUCGGAGAAUGCCUGGAAACCAACGAGGCUUAAAGCUGGAGAAAUCCCCGAGGAGCAGGCUGUAACCCAAACCCUUUACAAGAAAGUUCGUUCUGUGCUCAAUAAGCUUACGCCUCAGAAGUUUGAUACCUUAGUUAGCCAAGUGAGAGCAUUAGCAAUCGAUACUAAGGAAAGGAUGGACGGAGUCAUCAACCUUGUUUUUGAAAAGGCCAUUGAUGAACCUAGUUUCUCUGUAGCAUAUCAACACAGAGACGAGGAGAACCUAGAAUGCUUAUGUAAACUGUUAUCGACAAUAGGAAAAAAUUUGGAAACUAAUGAUGACUUGAAGGAAUAUAUAAAGACUAUGAGCAGUAUCGUGAAUGAUAAGGGACCUAAUAAAAUAAGUUCCCGAGUUCGUUUCAUGAUCCAAGACGUAAUCGACUUGAGGUCGAAUAAAUGGGUGCCCAGGAGAGAUGAUAGUAAUCCUAAGACUAUGGACCAAAUCCAACGAGAGGCAGAGUCGGAGCGUCUAGACGCGCAGUUCAACACUCCUUUCAACACACCUAUGAACACUCCACGAAAGGACGAUCGAGGCGGCGACAGGAGAAGAAAUCGUGGAAUGGGAGGUGGAAAUUCCGAAGAUGGUGGCUGGAUUCACCCUGUCAAAACUACGAGAACUGCCUACUCUGUUGAGACUUCAAAACUUAAAAAUAAGCCUCCGUCUAUGGACGAUCUUCAACUAGGAAGUAGAAAUGCUUAUGUGUUCCAUAAGAAUGUUCCCACUGGAGGAACCACCGUAAAGACUGUGACGCCUAAUAAAUUUGCAUGCCUAGAAAAUAUGUCAUCGUUCGAGCAGGACAAACGUCCUCCGUUGCAACUCUCCGGCUCGAGGUCUACCGGACCACGAGAAUACGGAAGAUCGGACUACAAAUCUUCUUUCGAAGGUAGAAGUUCGAGAAACGGUAGUCACCAAUUGAGCAGUGGCUCAUCGAGUAGGGAAAGUUCCGUGCUUGACAGUGCGAGAAGUCAAAGCAUUUCCAUGCCUCCUCCGAGCAAACCUGCUCCGCCUCCUACCUCUAUUAGUAAUAAACCCGAAAAGUCUGAAGAUGAACUCAGGAAUGUGAUCAACAUGAUUGUCGAAGAAUAUGUUGCCGAGGGCAAUAACGAAGAUGUUUUGUUGGAAGUGAAAGAAAACUUCUCGAGUUCUCAGCUCCCGAUGUUGGUUCGCGAAAUGGUGAAUGCAGUUAUUGAAAAGUCUAGUAUGGCCCGAGAAAGGAUAUCGAAACUUCUCUCCUUCCUUCUCCUGAAGAAGGCAAUUACCCUCAACAACUUUAGGGACGGAUUUGGCGAAAUACUCGAAAUUAUUGAUGACCUAGUGAUCGAUAUUCCUAAGAUUUGGACUUACCUCGCCGAUAUUAUGAUGUACCUAGUAAUUGAUGGAACUCACCCGGUUUCGGAAUUAAAGACUACUGUAGCAACUUUAAGGAGUAAAGGACUGUCCGGAAAGUUAAUUGGGGAAUUAUUCUCCAAUAUGUCUCGAAUUAGUGGACAGAAGUCUGUUGCCGAAAAGUGGAGUCAAAGUGGACUGCAGUUUAGCGAUAUUAUUAAUACGGAAAGAGAAAACGUUGAUGAAAUCAUCAAGAAAUAUGAAUUACAGUUCCUGUUGAGUGAUUGCAAGGACUUGGAGAACAAAGCUGUACUUAACCUCGACCAAAUUCACACUCAUCUGAAGAAGAUGAUGAAGGACAAUAGCAGCUUUGACGACAUUUGCAAUUGGAUAACGAGUAACGUUGGGGACAAAAGCAGUGACCCACAAUUCAUCAGAGUUCUUGUAACUGCCAUUCUAGAAUCAUCUACUGUGUUUAGCAAUAAUAGGCAUGACUUCAAGGCAGACAUUUUCCAAAGCCUACAGCGGCUGAUCCAGAGGUUCGUUGAUGCGAAUGAGCAACUCGAGUUGCAGUGCCUAUUCGCUGCUCAGGCAUUCGCGAACAAGUUGGAAUUUCCAUCCGGACUACUUCUUAACAUUUUUGAUAAAUUGUGCGAGGACAAUAUUAUUUCCUUUGAGUCUUUCAUUCAAUGGGAGACGAACGACGACGCGGCUGAACGUGAGGGAAAGGCAGUGGCUUUAAAAGCUCUAACGUCCUUUUUCACAUCCUUGAAAGAAGCGGAGGAGGUCUCUGAAGAAGAGAGCAUGACGUCGGGCCAGAGCGCCAAUGCCGUUAGAGCUUAAAGCUUCAAGCUGGCUAAGAAGAAAUUCUAGCAAUUCUGCGAUAUGUGGAGGAAUUUCUUGACACGAAUCCUGACAAGUGCAGCACAUCGUUGUUUACGGACAGUGCGUUGACGCAACUAUAAGUGCUAAAGACUAAAAAAAUUUGUACCAAGACUCGUAUAUAGAUAUAUAAUAACAUUUACUUGAUCCUGAACUCUUUGAGAAGAAGUGUGGCCAAAUUGCAGUUGAUGUUUUUUUAAAAAACGGAUUAUCUUUAAAAAAAAAGACAGUGUGGAGAGAGGAGGAGGUUGAUGAUGAUGAGGAGGAGGAGGAGGAGGAGUAGUGGUGGUCGUGCGGAGGUGUGUAUUAUAGCUUAGGACAAAAAGCCGACGAAGCACUCGUGGCUACACAAAAGCGGAUACAUUGGAUUACCCGUUUUGCGAUACGCUAUACAUAAUGAAGUUAAACUAUUAAUUAUGAUACAAGAAUAAUAACUGCAAGAUAAUUAUUAUAUAUAAUUGAUUAAAAAGGUUUAAAGUUUAAAUAAAGAAUGAAAAAAAUAAACAAACAACAACUUGAGAAUAAUGAUAUCGUCUUUUUAUGAUUAAUAUAAGAAAUGCCUGCGCGGCUUUUUCCACCCGUUAUCUCGAAAUCCGCGUUUAUUACAAUCGAAAAAUUUCAGAGCCGCGGACGCAUUUCGGCUGUGGAGCGAUAUCAUCAUCAGCCACUACACACAUCGACGACCGAAAGAGGUGUACGUACACUUGCUACUGAGAAAAUAAAUGGCGCAAGUGGUGCAUCAUCCACACACAGUAGUAGUUCUAGUAGUUGAGGCAAAACGAAAAUUGCUAUUAAAAAGAAAGGAACACGUUCUGUACACUGACGCUUGCGCGAAAAUGAAGAUAAAUAUUGAUAACAAGUGUAACAGAAUUAAAAAAUAUUUAUAACAAUGCGAAAUAUGGUCUUAAAUAAUAUAUUGUUAAUCUAAGACAGCGCUCGUGAUUUUUGCGGAUAGAAAGAUUAAAAAGUAAGGAGACAUAGGGAGAAUGAGAAAAACCGUAGCCACACCGCGUUAUUUUUUAAAGAAAACGAGUUAUUUAUAAUCGCUGAGAGAGAAAACAGUUGCAUUGCGUGGAUAUAUUGAAUGUCUGCGUAAAUAUAUAUAUAUAGACAUAAUACGUGAGGGGAUUUUUUUUUUUUUUCUUAAAGCGAGUUCACACGUAUCUUUACUUUUUGCUAGAAGCUGAUACCGUGUUCACAUGUAAAUAAGCUGCAUCGCAGCGAAAUCUUGAACUAUACAAGUGCUCAUUUAUCACUGCAGUGCCGUACUGUUUAGAGAUUGUUAAAUAAAAGUAAUAUUUGUAUUCUUUUCAGUACCGUUAAUAAUAAUAAAAAAAAUAUGCCUUGUUUGGAUGACGGGUAUUUAUAGUAUGAUUCGUGCAGAGAAAGAGAUUUAGAAAUACCCGAAUCACAGGAAUAAUCGGCAGCUUAUUUCCGUGUAAACUUGGUCCGAAUUUGUACAAGAAUCAUAAUCCCUCGAAGUGUGUUUCGAGACAGAAAAUCUAGAGUCUAGAAUAUUUUUCAAAGAGUUUCCUUUCACGGAGUUUUAGUUACAGAAUCGUUACGAUGGUAAUCGAUAAUAUCUCCUGUAUUUUAAAGUACAUUAUAAGGAGUUUAUUAAUUAUUAUUAUUAUUAUCAUUACUACUAUUGCUAUUAUUAUUACUAUUGCUGAUGCUGAUUUUUUUUAAUUUUUUUUUUUUUAUGAGUAAAUGUAUCGCUGAAAGCAAGGACCUAGGAGAAACGAUCUUGAAUGAUUUGUUUCCUUGAAAUGUCGCAUUCCGUGUGAAUGAAGUACGAAAUGCACUUUUCGACGAGACAAAUUUGUGUCGUACUCUCGGAGAUUGGUAGAUAAUUGAAAAUACAAUAAUUUAUGUGGGUAAAAAUCUUGUUGAUACAUUGAUUGUGGAUGGGAGAGAUAGUGAGUGAAGGAGGAAGACGGUUGUUGUUGUAAAUACUGAUUAAACAAUGUAAGUGGCAUGAUAGAUAACUGUUGGAAACCCUGUGAUCGCUUUCACGGGUGAGCAUAUAAAAAGCGCGAUUCUGUUGUCUCGCCUCUGCUGAUCGCAUGUGUAUAUGUAUAUAUACAUAUACAUUUAUAACCGGAUGUUUAUAUCUGUAUAUGUAUAUUGAUAAAAAAUAUAUAUAUAUAUAUUAUAUAUAUAUAAAUAAAAAAAAACGCUAAGGAUUCAGAAAAACGAAACAACACACACAUACACACGCGUACACUUAUAUAUAAAUCAUAUCUAUAUAAAAAAAAUAAAAAAAACGAACUCGA